CUUAAAUAUUUCCAUCCUGAAUAUCCAUUGGCACCAGAAUCCCUGGCUCUUUCCCUAAAUAUUUACAUCCCAUCAAACUGCUUCUCCUUAAAUCCUUCCAUCCCGGGAGGCUGUGGAGUGGUUAUUCCCAUUCCAUCCCUUCCCUGGAUUGCUCCCUCCUCCUGCUGCUCCGGGUGCUGGAGAAUCCUGGAAAUUCAGGAUUGGGAUGUCUGGAAUACAGCCGGCUGUUGUCCAGGAAAGGAUGGAGAGUCAGGGAAUUUGGGAAUGCUGCUGGAUUGCACUUCUGGGAUCUCGGGAAGGCGCAGGAUUUUCCUGGGAUAACGGGAAGGGAGAAGGGUCUGGAUUGAGGUGGAUCAAAUGCUCUGUAUCCACAAAUGCCAGCUGGGAAUAGAGGGUGGGAAUGUUGUCCUUGGGAAUGCUGGAAUUCCUUGGGAAUGUUGGACAACAUUCCCAGCUUUUUCCAUGACGUUGCUGCACUUUUCCUGCAGGAAUUUUUUCCCCCUCUCCCCUGUCCUGCAGACAGAACAACCGGGAAAUUGGGAUUUCCCUGGAUUGCUGCAGUCAAUCCCGAAAUUUAGGGAAGCACAAUCCCUGGCAAACUUCCAAAAGCAGGGAAAAAAAUCUACGGUUUUCCUUUCCACUGAAAGUUAUCCAUGGAUUCCCUUGGAUCCUUCAAAGCCGUGAGAAAAGCCGGAAAAGCUCUUCUUUCCCAAAUAUUUCUCCUCAUUAGUCCUUAAUUAAUCUUCGUUUAAAGGCAGGGAUUUUUUCUGCGUCUCCGCCUCAUCCCGGGAAUGCCCAGCUCCACAUCCGAAGGCUCCCAAUCCCAACCUGCGGAGUUUUCCAGGGAAAGCUGCACUGCGGCCCUGGGUUUUCCUUCUGUUUUAUUGGAUUUGGGAGCUGGCGGUGGAGGAAAAACAUUUGGAAUGUGGCAGCGCCGCUCCUCCAGGAAAAAUCGCUGGAGCGAUCCAGGGCAAUUCCAGGCAGGAGCAAAGUGAUCCCAGCCGCUGGAAAAUAACGGGAAUAUUCAAAGGGAAUGGAAUUUCGUGGAAGGAUGGAGCUGUUUAUUCCCGGGUUUGGAAGAACAGCGUGUCUGGAAUAUCGGGAAUUUUUAUGGAGUUGAAGGAACAACCCCAAGAAUUCCCAGUGAAAGUUUUCCAUGGAAAACUCCGUGUGUUCCUGGUCUGUUCAUAGAUGUGACUAUGGAUCUUGGAAAUGUGGGAAAGGGGAUUUGGGGAAUUUCCUGGGGCGUCAGUGAUGGAUUUUCCCUCCUGGAGUUUCUUCAGGAUUGGAGAUGCCCCAGAAUUAGACACAAGAAUUCCCAGGAUUCCUCACCUUUCUGCCACUUAGGGAUUUCCCGUGGAUCCAGAAUGGAGCAAAGGGAUGUGAAAUUACUGGAGCCAUCCGGGAGGGGUUUUUUUGUCGGGAUUAGAGCUGGAAAAUCCAAACUCUUGCUGAAAAAUUCCGGAUAUUGAGCCAGGUUUUUUUCCGGAGCUAUCUCCGAACACGGAGCGGCUUUGGGGUAAAAGAACUCAAGGAAGAAUCCCUCAAAACCAUCCCCAAAUUAUCCAAACUCCGGGACUUUCCUGUCCCUUUUCCCAGCCCGUGAUGUGGGAUUUUCCGGAGUGCCGGCGGGAAGAGGCCGAUCCUUGCGAGAUGAGCCUGGAUAAGCCCGGCUUGAGUGAGCCGAGUUUAAAAGGUGCUUUUAAGCUCCUGUUUAGGGAUUUAGGAAUCCUGGGCUGGGGAUCCACAGGGAUAUCCGGGUGUCAGUGCAUUCCCAAAAUUCCGGGUGCUUGUGUGGCUGCUCUCUGUCCUUCUGUCGCCUUUAAGGACGCACCGGGAUUUGGGAAUUUGGGCCCAAAUUCCUGCCUCUCCCUGCCCGUGGAGUGGAGAUUUUCUGAAGGAGAGACUUUGGCUUUUUUCCCGGUUUAUCCUGGAAAAAAAGGAGGAUGAGGAAGGAAUCCUGUGGCUCUGCAGAGCUCCCGGACAGGAGGGGGCAGGCAGCGGGAUCGGGAUCUGCUCCCAGGGAACAGGGACGGGAUGAGCGGGAACGGCUUCCGGCUGUGCUGGGGGAGGCCCAGGUGGGAAGUUGGGAAAAUUCCCUCCUGGAAAGGGCUGUAAACACUGGAACUGCCCCGGGAGGUUUGGAGUCCCCAUCGCUCGGAAUUCCCGAGGAAUUCCUGGAUGCGGCACUCAGAGCUCUGGCGGGGCUGGACUCAGUCCCGGCUUGGACUCGAUGAGUUCGGAGGGCUUUUCCAAGCUCAGCAAUUCCAUGACUUGGGAUGUGUUGAUAAGGCCCCCUCUGGAGAAGCUCCAGGUCUCGGAUGUCAUUUGGAAUUCGGUGAAAUCCAGUGGCUGCUUCCAAAGAGUUCCCUGUUCCUGCCCUUGGAGUAGGUUGGAUGCUCCCUGUGGAUCCCGUGGCUGUGCCUUUGGGAACCGGGAAUUCCGGGAAGAGACAAGAGCCCUGCUUAUCAAACAGUGUGGAGCGAUGGUAGGAAAGCCCUCAGGAGCUCCAGGGAAUGUUCAAUCCAGAGGGAGCAUCCCCAGCCGGGAUGUCACAAGCUGGAAGCAGCCGGGAAUGUCAGGAACAGAAUCUGGGACAAAGGCUGGGUGAGGAACACUGGGAAGUUGCAGCUGCUCCAGGUGGGAUAUCCCAAUCCAAUGGAUUCUGGAUUCGCCCUGGGAACCAACCAACCUGGCACCUGCAGCCUGGCUUUUAUCCCAAACAUUCCCUUGGGAGCGCAUUCCAGGGAGUGUUCCCAUGGAGUUUGGGCCUGUGGGUGUGGCUUUUCCAGCAGGUAGCAGUUUUUUGGGAUAAGUACAGGUCCUGUGGUUGAUAUUCCAUGAGUGCUUAUCCCUGCUCCGUGGUGUAGGGACGGAGUUAAGGAUACCUGACUUGGAUUUCCAGAUCUUUGGUGCUGCUUUUGGACACAAAUUCCCGGGGGAUUCUUAAUCCCAGAUGUGUCCACCUGGAGCGGCGCAGGGAUUUCCGUGGGAUCCACCUGCACCCCCUCACCUCAUCCAGGCGUGCUCCAGGAUUCCUGGGUCCGGAAAGGUUUAUCCCGUAUUUCGGUGACAAAAAGCGAGGAAAAAGGCGGCAAAAUUGUCGCUUUUACACAUUGCUGGGGAAGUUCAGCUCUUUGGAGGGAUUCAGGAGGUGGAAUUUUCCUCAAUAUUCCCAGAACUCCUGAAACACAAACGAGGAGGAGAUUCCAGUGCUGCUGGACUCCGGGGAGCUGGUUUAGCUGGAAUGUGGUCGCAUUCCCGCUUCCCUGUGCACACACUGCCAGCUCUGUGCUCCUGUCGGGAUGCAGCGAGCCUGGAUGAGAUCCAGCGUCCCUCCAGAGGGCUCAGCACGGAGAAGGGAUCUCUGUGUGGCAGCCAAAUCCUUGGAAAAGUUCCCUGUCGGAGGGGCUGCAGAAAGCGACGGCCUCUCCCGAGGGCCGCGGCUGCUCCUCCUUGAAACUCCCGGGAUUUUAUGGAGAGGGAAUGUGCCGUGGAAAAGCUGGAGCGGGAUGUGCAGGGCUGGAGGCAGAGAGCUGUGGGGUGUUGGGAAAAAUCCCACAAACCCAGUUCCUCCUCCUUUGGCACACCUGGAUUUCCUUGGGGGUUCUUAGGACAUAGAGCCCUCCUGGGAUUUUGUUGGGAAUGCUGUUGUUUCCAGGGAUUCAGGGAGUUAACACCAUAAGCACCGACACCGUGUUGCUUUUGGGAAGGGUUGGGAGUGUGCUCUGCUCUUCCCAAACAGCCUCGGAACUCAUCCGAGCUUUCCAAAUGUGGAUUGCAGGAUUCCGGGAGGUUUCUCCAUGGAUUUGUUGGCUGUGCCAACAGGGAAGGUGGGAACGUGGCACUUGUGCAUCAAAACUUCCUGAAAAGUGGGGAGGAAACAGCCUUCCCUAAAAAAUUCCAUGGCAGGGUUGGAAUGGGAUGAUCCUAAAAGUCCCUUCCAACCUAAAGCGUUCCAAGAUUCUCAAAAAAUGCAAACUAAAAGGAAAAAAAAAGGCACUUGGAUCAUUUGCCUUCGUGCUAAAGGCUUUUCCUUUGCAUCCAAGGCUGUUUCCAGCUCUUCCUUAAAUCUCCGCUCUCCUCCUGAGGGAAUUUUUGUCCAGUUCCCUGGGUUUUUUGUCCAGUUCCCUGUUUUCCGUGCUCAGGGAGGAUGGAGGGAUGGAUAUCCCCCCUCCUGGAUCAGGGCAGGAGCUCUUUGUCCCUCAGCGGGCGAGCUUUGGGCGCAUUCCCUCCCCUCCCCUUCCCUCCCUUCCCACUCCCCUCAGCCCCCAAAAUUCCCCGUGAGCAAUUCCCAAACUCCUCUGAGGCAAAACCCACACCUUGAGCUUCUUCCCGGUGUGAAUCCCGAGGUGUCCUGGCUCCGUGUCCGCGGCUGUUGGGCUGAGGUGACGGAGCAGGGACACCCGGAUCAGGAGGAGUCGCCUCCAUUGCCCUUUUCCCGCCCUUUUUGUUUUGGCGGGAACUCCGGGGGCGCGUGUGGGGAAGAUGAGGGGAAAAACUCUUUGUUCACCCCCGAAAGGAUCCUCUGGAGAAUCCUGAUGAUUAAACAGUGCCCAGGGAAGAGAUCCACGGUUUUUCCUUCACUUCUUGGAUUGGUUUUUUUUCCCCAUGUAAAUUUCAAGGCGGUGAGUGAGUGGUUUGGGAGUUUUAUGUGGGGAAUUUUGGGGUUCGUUUUUCCCUCAUCUCUGUGGGAUCAGGAGCACUGCCUUGGUCUUGGGUUUCCUCUCCCCACCCUGGGAUUCUUCGGGAAGAAGAACUCUUCACCCUGGAAAACUUUGGAGUCAUUCCUUAUCCUAAUUCCAGGAAAACCAUGGAUUUUUCCUGUCUGACACUGCCCCUCCUCCUCUCCACGAUUCCCUUGUGCUCUCCUAUUGCUCUGGGCUCCUUUCCCUUUUCACUCCAGGGAUUUAAUUAGAAAUCCAAGGAUGUUUGGAGCUGGAAAACUCCGUCGGAUUCUUCCCUGUGCAGCAGGAUUGCAGGAAGAAAAAUUAAGGAAAUGAAAUAUUUGCAUAUUAAUUGUCCUUGCUGGGAGCUGAGCUGUUAUUCCGUGUUUCUGCUCACAUUCCUGCGGGUUCUUUAUUCCAAUCCCAGCAUUAUUUUUCCCACAUGGAAACAACCCCUGUGCACCGUGCAGUGCAGGGGAAGGGCUUUUCCUGGGAUUUAGGGGAAAAGUUUAUAGGGGAAAAAUGAGCUGUUCCUGGGAUGGGUGGGCCCUUCCCAUGGAAUUCCACAGAGCCCAGGAAAACUCACUCUGGCUGCAGAGGGACGGGAAUCCCAGGAAGUUUGGGAUAAAAGUGAGCAAUUUAGGUAAAAAAGGAGCACUUCUAGCCAGGCUGGAGUGCAUUUCGGGAAUCUGGGAUUGGUGAUGGUGUAUCCAAUGAAAAAAAACACCAGGAAAGGACCCCCCAAACAACACCCAGGCCCUUGGGGCCAUGUUCUCCACACCGGAGGAUGUUUCCCCUCCCCCCGUUUUGGGGCCAUUCUCUCUUCUUUUGGGGAUGUUUUCUCCCACCGUUUUGGGGCCAUUUUCUCCCCGUUUUGAGGCCAUUUUCUCCCCGUUUUGAGGCCGUUUUCUCCCCUUUUGGGGCCAUUUUCUCCACCCUGGGAUCAUUCCCUCCCCUUUUGGGGCCAUUCUCUCCCCUUUUGGGGCCAUUUUCUCCACCCUGGGACCAUUCCCUCCCCUUUUGGGGCCAUUUUCUCCACCCUGGGACCAUUCUCUCCCCUUUUGGGGCCAUUCUCUCCCCAUUUGGGGCCAUUUUCUCCACCCUGGGAUCAUUCCCUUCCCUUUUGGGGCCAUUCUCUCCCCUUUUGGGGACUUUUUCUCCACCCUGGGAUCAUUCCCUCCCCUUUUGGGGCCAUUCUCUCCCCUUUUGGGGCCAUUUUCUCCACCCUGGGAUCAUUCCCUCCCCUUUUGGGGCCAUUCUCUCCCCAUUUGGGGCCAUUUUCUCCACCCUGGGAUCAUUCCCUUCCCUUUUGGGGCCAUUCUCUCCCCUUUUGGGGACUUUUUCUCCACCCUGGGAUCAUUCCCUCCCCUUUUGGGGCCAUUCUCUCCCCUUUGGGGCCUUUAUCUCCCCUGUCGCUCUGCACCUGGCACAGGAGAUAAGGGGCCAGUGCUGUGACACUGGGAGCCUCCCCUUGCCUCAUCCCCCACCACAUCCCUCCAACUCCCCAGGAAAACCCUUGGAGCUCUUCCCUAAAAUCCCACAUCCGCUCUCCCUGCUGAUGAGGGCCAGGGGUGCUCCCGCUUUCCAGGGGUUGGAAAGAUCCAGCAGCUUUUCCGUGCGUUUUACCAAAACAUUGUCAUAUCCCAGGAGCUGUGUGGAAUUUAAUACUUCUUAGUCGAAAAAUUCAUCAUUUGGGAGUGGAUUUUUGGGAUACUUUUACUCAGGUUUCCGUAUUUUUUUAGGAAUUCUCUGUCACCUUUACCGCAGACUUCUCCCGAGCCAAAGGAUUCGUUUGUAACAGAACGGAAUAACAAUGAUUUCCAUGAUUAAUUAAUUCUAGAUCAGUUUAUGGGCAGGAUUAGCUGUUUAAAUGGUUUAGUAUUAGUUUCAAUGAUAUUAUUUCAAUUAAAUAAUUCAUUUAACUAACAUUAUUUAAUUUUAAAAAGGUAUUUUGAGCCGGAAUAGUUUUUGGUGGGAACUCCGGGGGCGUGUGGAGAACGUGAGGGGGAAAAAACUCUGUUUACCCCCACAUGGAUCCUCUGGAGAAUCCUGAUAAUGAAACACAGUUGAGGGACAAGAUCCACGUAUUUUCCACCUGAAUUUCAGCCCAAUGAGUAAUUUGGGAAUUUAUUUGGGGAAUUUGGGGGUUUCUUCCCACGCUGUGUGGGAGCACUGCCUUGAUCCGGGCUUUCUUCUCAACGCAUCCCCCAAAUUCCUGCGCUUUGCUGUUGAAAACCUCCCGAUUCCUACCAAUUCCUUGGAAUUCCUUCUAUUUCUCCUCGAUUUCUUCCCU